AGAGGAGGCAGGAGGAGGCUUGAGAAAAUCAAUCCUUUUCUUUCUUUGUCGCCUGUGUUUGAGUUAUUGUGCAGUCACACUGAUCAAAAUCUGGGUUCUGAAUUGUGCAGUGUGGAAGAAUACAUUCUGGGCGUGUUUCAAUAGUGUCUUCACAGAGGGGACAGUUUUCUGCAGCUGUGGUGUCAGUGGAUGGAUGUGUUGUUCAGAGUGGCUUUUAGAAUCGGUGGGAGGGGGACGGUCAGGGGAUGAGGAUUCUGCCCUUGAAGGAGCUGGAAUCAUGCAGGAAACUCCUCAUUCUUCCUGUGCUGGCUGGGACACACCCUCUGGGUGGCACACCCCUCGCCGCGUCCAACCCAGCCCACAGACUCGUGGGAAGAAAGCCAGAGCCCAAGCCUUUCCUCCGAGGAGUGGAUGCAGCCCUUCCAAGUGCCAGCCACCCCUGGAAGAGAAGCUGAAACCUUCGAGCUUUGUGCCCCUUCACGACCUGGGAACCUGCUGAGCUCAUGGACACUCAUCACAUCCCCAAAGACAACCAAGUGGCUCACCCCCAGGACCCGCACCACCCGCCAGAGAAGCCUGUCAUUCACUGCCACAAAUGUGGGGAGCCAUGCAAGGGCGAAGUGCUUCGGGUCCAGACCAAACAUUUCCACAUCAAAUGUUUCACCUGCAAAGUGUGCGGCUGUGACCUGGCCCAGGGGGGCUUCUUCAUAAAGAACGGAGAGUAUCUGUGCACGCUGGACUACCAGAGGAUGUAUGGGACACGCUGCCACGGCUGCGGGGAGUUCGUGGAAGGAGAGGUGGUGACGGCCCUGGGCAAGACCUACCAUCCCAACUGCUUUGCUUGUACCAUCUGCAAGCGCCCGUUUCCACCCGGAGACCGAGUCACGUUCAACGGGAGAGACUGCCUUUGCCAGCUUUGUGCACAGCCAAUGUCUUCCAGCCCUAAAGAAGCCUCUUGCCCCAGCAAUUGUGCUGGCUGUGGACGGGAUAUCAAGAACGGACAGGCGCUGCUGGCGCUGGAAAAGCAGUGGCAUUUGGGCUGCUUUAAAUGCAAGUCCUGCGGGAAGGUCCUUACCGGAGAAUACAUCAGCAAGGACGGCGCGCCUUAUUGCGAAAAGGACUACCAGGGCCUCUUUGGGGUGAAGUGUGAAGCCUGUCACCAGUUUAUCACAGGGAAAGUCCUGGAGGUAAGGGACAGACGGGCUCCCCUCAAAGCCAGAGUCACUUUCCCCAAGUCCCUCCGAAACACACGGGUCUCUUUCCAUGUUUCCCGUCUUUUUCUCACGUGUGGAGGAAAGCAAGUCGUUUGCAGACUAGUCGCUUAGAGAACUAAUGUGUCGUCCUGUCUUCCCAGGCAGUUUCUACCCAGGGUUCCUAUGGGGUUUGGGAUGGAGAAUUUGCAGGAAAAAGGAAGGAGGAAUUAGGAAUUCAUAAUUAGGGAUUGUGGAAUUAUUCCAUCUUCUAUCAGGAAUUCUGUAGAAGGAAAGGGUAUACUAAAUUGUUCU